CACUGCAUUUUUUCCAACGUAAUAAAAAAAGCUAAAAUGUUUAAAACUAGAUUUAAUAGUUUCAAAACUUACUUGAUGGAUUUUUCUUUUUUCAAUUUCAUUUCAGCGGGGCAACCGCAUAACCUUGCUCCUGAGUUUGCUGCCGGUAAAACCUACGUGUACAAGUAUGAGGCACUCCUCCUGGGCGGUCUGCCAGAGGAAGGUUUGGCAAAAGCCGGGCUCAAAGUCAGCAGCAAAGUUCUCAUCAGUGCCGCAGCCCAAAAUAUAUAUAUGCUUAAGCUUGUUGAACCUGAGCUCUUUGAGUACAGUGGCAUCUGGCCAAAGGAUCCUUUAGUUCCAGCAACCAAACUGACUUCAGCCUUGGCAGCUCAGCUCAUGAUUCCCAUCAAGUUUGAGUAUGCCAAUGGUGUUGUUGGAAAAAUGUCCGCCCCGGAGGGAAUUUCAACAAUGGUGCUCAAUGUUUACAGAGGUAUCCUGAAUGUCCUUCAGCUCAACAUCAAGAAGACACAGAAUGUCUACGAGCUGCAGGAGGCCGGAGCUCAGGGUGUGUGCAAGACCCUCUAUGCCAUCACUGAAGACGACAAGGCUGAACGCAUCCUUUUGACAAAGACCAGAGAUCUGAACCACUGUCAGGAAAAGAUCAUGAAGGACUUGGGGUUGGCAUACACUGAGAAAUGUGCAAAGUGCCAGCAGGAUUCAAAGAACCUGAGAGGAGCCACAGCAUACAACUACAUCUUGAAGCCAGUUGCUAGCGGCAUCCUGAUCCUGGAGGCAGCUGUCGAUGAGCUGAUCCAGUUCUCACCUUUUACUGAGAUGAAUGGAGCUGCUCAGAUGCAGACCAAGCAAUCCUUGGUGUUCCUUGAAAUUCAGAGAGCCCCUAUUGUACCAAUCCAAGCCCAGUAUCUUCACCGUGGAUCUCUAAAGUACGAAUUUUCCACUGAGCUUCUUCAAACACCCAUUCAUCUCAUCAAGAUCCACAAUGUACAGGCCCAGAUUGUAGAGAUUCUAAAUCACCUGGUUACCAACAAUGUGGAGAGAGUCCAUGAGGAUGCCCCUCUGAAGUUUUUGGAACUUAUUCAGCUCCUGCGUGCAGCCCGCUUUGAAGAUCUGGAAAUGCUCUGGAGCCAAUACAGACUGAAACCCGCCUUCAGACAGUGGAUCUUGGAUUCCAUCCCUGCCAUUGGAACUCCUGUUGCUCUGAGAUUCAUCAAGGAGAAAUUCCUGGUUGAUGACCUGACUUUUGCUGAAGUAGCUCAGGCUUUGAUUGCAUCCAUUCAUAUGGUGACAGCAAACACUGAGGCCAUCAAGCUGGUUGAGGCUCUGGCAAUCAACAGCAAAAUAGUGGAAAGCCCUGUUUUGCGUGAGAUCGUCCUCCUUGGCUAUGGGACCAUGAUUUCAAAACACUGUGUUGAGCUGGCUGUCUGCCCUGCAGAGCUCAUAAGGCCCAUCCAGGACCUCCUUGCAGAGGCUGUUGCUAAAGAUGAGAUCCAGGAUAUCAUCCUGCUCGUGAAGGUUCUGGGUAAUGCUGGCCAGGCUACUAGCCUUAAGCCGAUUACAAAGAUCCUGCCCAUACAUGGCACUGCAGCUGCAUCUUUGCCCAUAAAAGUCCAUGCUAAUGCCAUCAUGGCCUUAAGGAAUAUUGCAAAGAAAGAACCUAGAAUGAUCCAGGAAUUGGCUCUUCAGCUCUACAUGGACAAGGCUCUUCACCCAGAGCUCCGUAUGCUCGCAAGCAUUGUGCUGUUUGAGACAAGGCCUGCAAUGGGUUUGGUGACAACUCUUGCCAACAUUGUGAAGACAGAAGAGAAUCUGCAGGUAGCAAGCUUCACUUAUUCUCACAUGAAGUCCCUGACAAGGAGCACCGCUGCUAUCCAUGCCUCAGUUGCUUCAGCUUGCAACGUUGCCAUCAAAAUCCUGAGCCCAAAGCUGAACAGACUGAGCUUCCGUUUCAGCAAGGCCAUCCACGUGGAUAUCUAUAACAGUCCCUUGAUGCUUGGUGCUGCUGCCAGUGCUUUCUACAUCAAUGAUGCCGCCACCAUUCUGCCCAGAUCUAUUGUGGCUAAGACCAGCGCAUACCUUGCUGGAGCUGCUGCCGAUGUUCUUGAGGUUGGAGUAAGAACUGAAGGACUCCAAGAGGCUCUUCUGAAAAACCCUGCACUUAUUGACAAUGCUGACAGGAUGACCAAGAUGAAGCGUGUCAUUAAGGCUCUGUCUGAGUUGAGGUCUCUGCCCAGCAGCACACCUCUGGCCUCCGUCUAUGUCAAAUUCUUCGGACAAGAAAUUGCCUUUGCAAACAUUGACAAAGCCUUGAUUGAUCAGGCCAUUGCGCUCGCCACUGGUCCCUCUGUUCAGACAGUUGGAAGGAAUGCCCUCAAAUCACUGCUGUCUGGUGCUUCCUUCCACUUUGUUAAACCUCUGCUGGCCACUGAGGUGAGGCGUAUCAUACCUACUGCUGCUGGUCUUCCAAUGGAACUCAGUCUGUAUACUGCUGCAGUGGCUGCCGCAGCUGUCCAGGUCAGGGCCACCACAACACCAGCUCUUCCAGAAAACUUCCAUUUUGCUCAUCUUCUGAAGACAGACAUUCAGUUUGAGACUGAGAUAAGACCAAGCAUUGCUGUGAACACAUUUGCUGCGAUGGGAGUAAACACCGCCAUACUCCAGGCUGCCCUGCUAUCAAGAGCUAAACUCAACUCCAUUGUGCCCGCCAAAAUCACAGCAAGACUUAACAUCAACGAGGGCCACUUUAAGAUCGAAGCUUUGCCUGUUUCUGUGCCUGAACAUGUUGCAGCUGUGCAUGUUGAGACUGUUGCUGUGGCAAGAAAUAUUGAGGAUCUUGCUGCUGCAAGAAUCACUCCUAUCAUCCCUGCCAAAAUCUUGCAGACCAUCUCAAGGGAGAUUCUCACAUCUAAGAUUUCUCCAUCGGUUGCUGAUAGUUGGUCACAAUCCUCAGAGAUCAUUCAUGAAGAUGUGGCAAUCAAGCCCAUUAUAAAAUCCAAAGCAGCUCAGUUUGAGAAGAAGUACUGUGCUAAAGCCAUUGCCAUUGGACUCAAGGGCUGUUUCAAGAUCGCCACUGAAAAUGCUGUUUUCAUCAGUGACAUUGCCCUGUACAAACUGGCUGGAAGACACUCUGUUGCUCUUUCUCUCAAACCAAUUGAAGGGGAAGCCAUUGAAAGUCUGGAGAUAGAGGUUCAAGUUGGACCAAAGGCUGCAGAGAAGCUCAUUAAACAGAUCAAUCUGAGCGAAGAAGAAAUAAUUGAGGGAAGACCAAUCUUGAUGAAGCUUAAGAAAAUCCUUGCUCCUGGUCUGAAGAAUAGCACCUCAUCCUCCUCAUCUAGCUCCAGGAGCUCUCGCUCAAGCCUGAGCUCCAGGUCUUCUUCCAGCAGCAGCAGAAGCAGCUCCUCCAGGUCUGUGAACAGAUCCAGCUCUGCAUCUAGCCUUGCAUCGCUCUUCGGUGCUAGCUCAAGUUCCUCCUCCAGAGCUCAACUUUCAAAGAGAGUGAUUUAUCGCCACAAGUUCCAGAAGAAUCACAAGAAGGAGGUUCUCUCCUCCCAAGUAACCUCAGCAGCACUUUCCAGGAGCAGAAGCAGUGCCUCAAGCUUUGAAGCCAUCCGGAGACAGAACAAAUUCCUUGGCAACGAAGUAGCUCCUACCUUUGCAAUCAUCGUCCGUGCUAUCAGAGCUGACAAGAAGUUGUUGGGAUACCAACUGGCAGUCUACUUGGACAGACCUACCACCAGACUUCAGAUUAUUCUGGCUGCCUUGGCUGCUGAUAACAACUGGAAGCUUUGUGCUGAUGGAGCUCUGCUUAGCAAGCACAAAGUCACAGCUAAAAUUGGCUGGGGAGCAGAAUGCAAGCAGUAUGACACCAUGAUCACAGCCGAGACUGGUCUUGUUGGUCCAAGCCCUGCAGCUCGCCUCAGAAUGGCCUGGACUGAACUACCUUCUGCACUUAAACACUAUGCACAGAGGGUGUAUGACUACAUUCCUGCUUCCAUGCUGGCUGGCUUGAUUCAAGGAAAGGAUCAAAACAGCGCCAAUCAGCUCUCACUUACAGUGGUUGCCACAUCUGACAGGACCCUUGACUUAAUUUGGAAAACACCAACACAUACUGUCUAUAAGCUGGCUCUGCAUCUUCCUAUCGCUCUGCCACUUGUUGAAAUCAAGGGUCUCACUCCAUUCGAUGGCCUUGCUGAUAAAGUCCACUACUUGUUUGCCAAGGCUGGCGCAGCCGAAUGUAGCUUCAGCAAGGAAACACUGACCACAUUCAACAACAGGAGAUACAAGAACGAAAUGCCGUUGUCUUGCUACCAAGUUCUGGCACAGGAUUGCACCGAUGAGAUUAAAUUCAUGGUUCUGCUGAAGAAGGAUAACAUCAAACAGAACCAUAUCAAUGUGAAAAUUGCUGACAUCGAUAUUGACCUGUACCCGAAGAACACUGACGUGAUUGUAAAGGUCAAUGGAAUGGAAAUACCAAUCAACAACCUGCCAUACCAGCAUCCCACAGCUAAAAUCCAGAUCAGGCCAAAUGGUGAAGGUAUCUCUGUGUUCGCUCCCAGCCUGGGUCUUCAUGAAGUUUACUUUGACAGGAACUCAUGGAAGGUUCAAGUUGUGGACUGGAUGAAGGGACAGACCUGUGGACUCUGUGGAAAGGCUGAUGGGGAAGUCAGACAGGAGUACCGCACACCCAACGGACGCUUGACCAAGAACGCAGUCAGUUAUGCUCAUUCCUGGGUUCUGCCAGCUGAGAGCUGCAGGGACACCACUGGUGAGACGCAAGAGUGCCGCAUGAAGCUUGAAUCUGUACAGCUGGAGAAGCAGGUAAACAUCGAAGGCCAGGAAUCUAGAUGCUACUCUGUUGAGCCCGUGCUGCGCUGUCUGCCCGGCUGCUUCCCUGUGAAGACCACAGCCGUCACUGUUGGCUUCCACUGCCUGCCUGCUGAUUCUGACUUGAAUCUUACCGAAAGUGUGAGAAGCAUCUACGACAACAGCGUCGAUCUGAGGGAAACAGCAGAAGCCCACCUUGCCUGCAGCUGCACUGCUCAGUGUGCCUAAUCAAAAAAUUAUUACUUAAAUCAUGUGUAAUUUAUUUAAUUCAUUUUAAAUAAAUUUCAUCUCAAAACAAG